UAAAACAAAUUCCUUGUUCUAUAAUGCAGGACUGAUAUCAUGAAUGUGUUCUCUGUCCAAUUUGUUUGGUGGUUUCUCACUUUUAAUACCUGCAAACCCUCUUGUUUCUUGAAAAUUCUAUGAUUUAGCCAUGCUGAAUUCAAUCUUUAUUCAACGUGGAAGCCUAUAAAAUGUAGAUGUGCUUGUGGGUAUUUUCAUUUUUCAAGUGUUGUUGAGAUGGAUGAUGAGAGGCUUGUGUACUCGGUUGAUGAAGCGUUUACUUAUGUGGGGUUUGGGAAGUAUCAGGUUGUUGUUCUUCUUUAUGCCGGGCUUGGAUAUUUGGCAGAAGCUAUGGAAAUUAUGAUUCUGUCUUUCAUAGGACCUGCAAUUAAGUCAGAGUGGAGACUUUCACCUAGUCAAGAAUGACUUUUAACAACUGUUGUAUUCGCUGGCUUGCUUCUUGGUUCAUAUUCGUGGGGCUUUAUUUCUGAUAACUAUGGUAGAAGGAAAGGUUUUCUUGGUGUAGCUCUGGUUGCUAGUGUGACUGGGUUAACGAGUGCUUUCUCCCCAAAUUAUAUAACACUGGUGACUCUUCGUGGUUUGGUUGGUUUCGGACUAGGCGGUGGGUCUGUAUUUGUAUCCUGGUUUCUAGAGUUUGUUCCUGCUUCCAAUAGAGGCAUGUGGAUGAUUGUCAUGGAACUUUCUUGGACACUUGGAACAAUAUUUGAGGCUUCACUUGCUUGGAUUGUCAUGCCAAGAUUGAAUUGGAGGUGGCUACUGGCCUUGUCAUCCCUGCCAUCAUUUGCUGUGCUUCUGUUGCAUGGUCUUGUUCCAGAGUCUCCAAGGUAUUUAUGUAUGGCUGGUCAAACUGCUGAUGCUCAUUGUGUUCUGGAGAAUAUAGCUCUGAAGAAUGGGAAAAAACUUCCUUCUGGAAUGCUUUUACCUGAUAACAUUGCUAGACUAGAUAAUGAAUUUUCUUUUCCGGAACAUAACCCGCUGCUCUCUUCAUCUGCAAACAAAACAACACAAUUCAAAUCUGGAUUCUCUCCAAUUUAUAGCCUUUUUUCAUCAAGAUUAAUUAGAACUACCUUUCUGCUAUGGGUACUAUUCUUUGCACAGACAUUCUUAUAUUAUGGGGUUAUAUUAUUGACAUCAGAGCUAAGUGUCAAGCAAAGUGAAUGUGGCUUAGCACUCUCAUUGCAAAAUGCAAGGGAUGCAAGUCUAUACAUUGAAGUAUUUAUCACUAGCUUGGCCGAGCUUCCUGGGCUUCUUAUAUCUGCAGUAAUAUUGGACAGAGUUGGUCGCAAGAUGUCGAUGACAGUUUUGUCUGUUUUGACUUUCAUAUUCCUUAUACCACUGGUUAUCCGCCAGGAGGUCACUUUAACGACUGGAUUAUUAUUUGGAGCUCGAAUGUUUGUCAAUGGUUCUUCCACAGUUGCCUGCAUCUACGCCCUAGAGGUAUAUCCAACUUCUGUGAGGGCGACUGGUAGUGGCAUUGCUAAUGGAGUGGGAAUAGUUGGUGGUAUGAUAUGCCCUCUCGUGGCAGUUGCGUUGGUGACUGGUUGCCAUCAAACAGCUGCUGUAAUUCUCUUGGAGAUUUUAACUGUUCUUUCGAUUGUAUGUGUACUACUGUUACCAUUUGAAACGAGGGGACGCGAAUUGGCUGAUACUCUGUAACAUAGCUUUGAUUUGUUAUCUCAUUUAUGUUAAGUUUUUAUGAUUAUGUUCA